UUAGUGUGGAAAUUAGUGUAAAUGUUACGUUUUAAAAAAGAAGACAAGAUUAUUUUAACAUUUUACAAUAAUUAGCCAUACUUAUCGGUUUUUGAAAUGUAACACAGCAGCAUUACUUACCAUUUACAAUUAUGUACAAGACUUCGUUGUUAAAAUUACUACCGAUUAUAAUCCUAUAAUGAUAAAUUGAAACACUCACAGACAAUAAUGGUUUGCACAACAAAGUACACGUUAAGGUGACGCAGGGAAAGAGGAUGGUUGGCGAAUCGACUAUUAAAGGAGGAAUUAAAGCUCAGAGACUCCGUUGGGUAGGAAACCUAAAGAUGGAAGAAGAUCGGAGCACCAAACAACAAACCUCGGAAUCACCCUUGGUCGCUGACCUGUUACCCGGCCCAGAUACUGGAGGAAAGACAUUGUGGAACUGGACCUCCGUUAGUUAAAAGCGAUUGGCAGGAGACAGCUGAGAACAGGCGGCGCUGGAGAUCUCUUGGGUCGCUGUUCCAGAGAGAGAGAGAGAAAAAUAAUAUUGCGGAAGCAGUGGCGAACAUUGGAAUUUAUAGAAAUUAUUAAAAUAAAAAAAAAUAGUAAAAUGGAUAUUUACCAAAAAAACAUGGAUUGCUUAAACGGGAAUGAUCCGUUUACUCCAAAUUUAAAUAAAGAAUGCAACUUCGGUACUUAUAACCAAAGCAAUGAGGCGAUAUCAGAUUACUACGACGGCGCAGUAAUACUUGUUACGGGAGGUACUGGUUUCGUAGGGAAAGCGUUACUGGAAAAACUAUUAAGAAGUUGUGCUGGUAUAGAAACUAUCUAUGUUCUAAUGAGACCAAAGCGAGGAUUGUCGGUCGAACAAAGGUAUAAGGAACUGCUUAAAAAUCAGGUUUUCGACCGUAUCCGUGCGCGUUGGCCGGAGCGUCUCGGGAAGCUGUUUCCAAUAACAGGCGAUGUGUCGGCACCAAACCUGGGUGUCAGUGCUGAACAACGAGAGCUGCUGAGCACGGUGACGACCGUAUUCCAUUCAGCGGCUACUGUCAAGUUUACUGAACCGUUGCAAGCGGCUACAGCGCUGAACGUGCAGGGCACCGCGUAUCUGUUAAAACUGGCUUCGGAUAUGCCUCUGUUAAAGGCUCUAGUCCACGUAUCUACAGCGUAUAGCAACGCGCCGCGUAGUCACAUCGAAGAACGCGUGUACCCGCCGCCCUAUGACCCCGACAGUAUAGUAAGAUGCACUAAAAUGCUGCCGCCAGAUACAGUCGAUACUAUUGCGGAAACUUUACAGGGAGAACAUCCCAAUCCCUACACUCUUACCAAAGCGUUGGCUGAAUCGAUUGUAUUCAGUCAUACAAAUCUACCAGUUUGCAUAAUCAGACCGUCUAUAGUUACUGCAGCUUAUCAAGAACCUUUUCCCGGUUGGAUAGAUAAUGUCUACGGAGUAACAGGUAUAAUCAUGGAGAUAUCUCGUGGUACUUACCGUUCCGGGUACUGUAGAGAGCGGUACGUGGUCGACUUAGUGCCAGUUGAUCUAGUUGUCAAUAGCUGUAUUCUUGCUGCUUGGCGACAAGGAUGUAAACAGCCGGGUCGUUGUCCAGUUUAUAAUGUCACAUCUGGCUCCAUCAACCCUCUACAAUGGGGUCAAUUUACACGGCUCUGUAUUAAAUGGGCGAGGGAAAAUCCCACCAAAUACGUGAUGUGGUAUCCGAAUUUCUCCUUUACUGAGUCCCGUUUUAUGAAUACAUUUUGGGAGAUAUCUUGCCAUUUCUUACCCGCCUUCCUUUAUGAUGUGUUACUGCGUGCACAGGGCAGGAAAGCAAUAAUGAUGAAGUUAGCUCGUCGAUUCAAAAUGGCGGCGGCUACAGGAGAAUAUUUCGCGAACCAUGAAUGGCAAUUCGGUAUAUCGGAACUCACAGCUCUUCACUCUGAAGCGAACUGUGCGAGCGAUUCUAGCGCCUUCCCCCACUGGCCUGCUCAGUUCAACUGGGAUGCUUACAUCGGUGCUUACAUGUUGGGCAUACGACGAUUCAUACUGAAAGACAGCGUUGAAUCACUACCUAAUGCUAGGUCAAAGUUAAAAAGAUUAUAUUGGGUGCAUCGAAUGUUCCAGGCUGCUACGGGAUAUUAUGUAUUUAGAUUCUUAGCUGGUCGUUUACGAUAGAAUGUUGUAGGAAUAAGUAGUACCAACAUUUAUAUAUCGUAAAGUUCGAUGAGACAUUGCAGUAGGAUUUUUAUUGAUAGUUUUAAGUAAUACCAAUCUAAGUCUUAACAAUGUUGGUAAUAAUUUAGAUAUCAAACAAAUCAAAUUACACUGUAUUCAUAUUUUGUAUAGUUUGUGUAAUAAAAUGAGUUAUAUAAAUUAAUGUUUUGCUAAUUAUGAAUUAAUUAAUCUAAAUUUAAAUAAGACGAAUUAGUACUCAUUCUCGUAAUUAAAAGAAUUCUGUAAUAGCGAAUAUCCAAAGAUAAACCACAACUAUAUUGUAGAAAUAUAAAAUUAUAUAAAUUGUUAAACGAAAUUAUUGGAACAAAAAAUAUGAUGUCUUUAAAUUAGUUUGUAAUAGACACAUUUUUACAUUAUUAUUCAUUUUAUAUUAGUGAAAAUAAAACUGUCUAUUUUAUUAUUAAUUCUAUGUUAUGAAUGUAAACUUGAGUAUACACAAAAAUAAAUUCUUUAUACGAACAAAAUUUUAGAACUACCUUCAUUUGCAAAAAAAAUAAAAUCGGGUGCGAGUUGUGUAUGGAUUUUUCUGCUAAGUUAUUUUUAUCUCUAUUCUAUUGGUUACCUCAAUUUAAAUCUAACGAUAUUCGUUAGAUAUUCAACCCUAUUUAUAAAUAUCAAAUACGUAUAAUUUAAUUACUUUUCUAUACUUUUAUAAGAUAUAAUAAUCCAGAAUCAUUUUAGCAAUAUUAUGUUAACAAAAAGUUAAUAUAUAAAUCUUAAUCUAUUUUAUUUUUUGGAUUAAUGUUUUAAAAUUUACAGCACGUGUGUUUGUGUGUAUUUCAAUUAAAUAAUAAAAAUUAUAAUGUAAGUCUUGAAUAAACUGUAUAUAUGAAAAACUUUUAUCUUUUAUACUUUUUCCCAAAUAAGUUUUUUAUUCUUUUUGACUUCUCCUUUUUAUAGCAAAACGAAUAAGCGACCAGUAGCUGAAAUAGCGUAGCGCGUACAGACAGAGGAAAAUAUACAGAAAAGGUGUGUCUUCUGGCUUUGCAAUCCCUCCUCCUGCAUGUCCAGUUUCCCUUCCCAUUUAUUCUUUAUAAGAAAAUGGCUAAGAUGGCCUUUUAGUGCUUUAGUUUCUUGUUUUAGAAAACUCAAUGUUAUUAUGUAAACAAAGAUGGGGUUUAUAUUUCGCGCAUUUUUUA